GGGAAGCUCCACGUUAACAAACCGGUUGCCAGCGCUGCCACUGGAAGCUCUGCUAGUCACCUAUUACCCUCUACAUUACCUUUACCUCACCUACCUACUCCAUGACUAUGGACGCCUGCUCCUUAGCAUCCAGCGCUUCUCUCCUUCUCGUCCGACCUGCUUCCCAGCCGCGCGCUCUCUCUCUCUCUCAUGAGCCAACUAGCCAAUCGACGGAAAAAGCGCCAUGGUCUCUGCCUCGCCGUCACCGCACAAGCCGCGGCGCAAGACGAAGAAGACAGAUAGCGCUGCCACCCACGCCAGCCCCAAGCCCGAAGUGCUGGUCCGAAGCCCUUCGUUUCCUCUGGCCGCCUUCCUCUGGCCUGCCAGGGGCUCCCUUUCGCAAUGGGAGGUUCUGCCGCUCAUCCUCAUGGUCGUCGGCCUGUUUAGAUGGGCUGCCGGCCUUUGGGGAUAUUCAGGCUUCCAGAAGCCGCCCAUGUUCGGUGAUUACGAGGCACAAAGACAUUGGAUGGAAAUCACCACGAGCCUGCCCAUAUCGCAGUGGUACUUUCACGACCUGCAGUGGUGGGGGCUCGAUUACCCCCCCCUGACCGCCUAUCACAGCUGGCUGCUCGGCAAGGUCGGGUCUGCCAUAGAUCCGUCGUGGUUUGCCCUCUACACCUCGCGCGGCCUCGAAGACCCGGCGCUCAAGAUAUUCAUGAGGGCGACCGUUAUCGUGUCCGAGUACCUUGUCUACAUACCAGCCGCCGUGGUGUUUAUCCGCAGGUACAGCAAGCUCUCUGGCGUGGCCCAGUGGAGCGCGUCGGUGGCACUUGUCGCUAUACUCAUGCAGCCUGCUAUUAUCCUCAUUGAUCACGUUCAUUUCCAGUAUAACACGAUGAUGCUUGGCUUCGUCUUGGCUAGCAUGUCUAGCAUGGUGGCAGGACGGUAUAUGUGGUCGUCCAUCUUCUUCGUUGCCGCACUGGGGUUCAAGCAGAUGGCGCUGUACUACGCCCCGGCCGUAUUCGCCUUUCUCCUCGGCAGUUGCAUGUUCCCUCGGAUCAAUAUAGGGCGUCUGAUGGGAAUUGCCGCGGUCACGCUGGCCUCCUUCGCCGUCCUCGUCCUCCCUAUCGUCAUAGGCACUCUAUACGAUGCUAGCCGAGGCGUAGACGCACAGCCUGGCCUCGAAGAUCCCCGACCCGCACUACCCCUUUUCGCCUCUCUCUCCGAUCGUCUUGACACGGGGGCUCCCUACUACCCAGUUUUUGAGCAGAUGGCCCAGAUGAUCCACCGAAUGUUUCCCUUCGCGCGGGGACUGUUUGAGGAUAAGGUUGCUAAUUUUUGGUGUGCGGCAAACGUCGUCAUUAAAUUGCGGCGGUAUCCGGUUGAACUGCUUCAGCGGGCGUCGCUCUUGUCGACUCUCGCCGUCAUCGCUCCACCCUGUCUAUUGAUCUUCAUCCAGCCGCGCAAGGAACUCCUACCGUACGCCUUCAGCGCAACUGCUUGGGGCUUUUUCCUGUUCAGUUACCAGGUUCACGAGAAGAGUGUGCUCCUGCCGCUCCUCCCUAUGACGGUACUCCUCGCGGGAAAGCAAGGGCUGGGAAAGGAGAUUAGGUCCUGGGUUGGAUUUGGUAACGUCGUCGGCGCCUGGACGAUGUUCCCGCUGCUCCAAAGGGUCGACCUGCGUGUGCCUUACGCCGUCUUGACGCUCUUGUGGACGUAUUUACUAGGUCUACCUCCCGUGUCGACCAGCGCAUACUUCCAGGAAGGCCAGAACAUCUGGGUCCAAUGGAUGACCGCCAUUGUCCACGGCAGUUUCUACGCCGCCAUGGGUGCCUGGCACGUCCUGGAUUUUUUCGUCGCUCCGCCCCCGGAAAAACCCGACCUCUGGGUCGUCGCCAACGUCGUCGUCGGCGCGGCUGGGUUUGCGCUCUGCUACGCCUGGUGCCUCUGGGGGUUGGUUCAGGAGAGCGGAAUUCUCUCUGGGGGCUUGGUUAAAUCAAAAGAAGGCAAGCUUAAAGCGAAGUGACCUUGUGUGUAGGGAAAUAUAGACCAACCUGCCCACAUCGGCGCUUCUGAGUUAAUGCGAACAUUUAUGGACUAACUAUU